AAUGGCAUCGUCAAAGCCUCCUCUAACAAAGCCAAAAUCCUUUAAAGCUCCUCUCAUAUUUCUCCCCAUAUUCCUCAUCUACCUAACUCUAACUUGCAAAUUAACACCAAAACAUCGUGAUGUUCCAAUCUCCCGCCUAGAAAAACCAACUAAUUUUAGACAAAACAAUAUUCUUUCCAUGCAAUAUGUCACCAAUAAACCGCAAUGGUUUCGACUUUUGCAAGACGAACUCAAGGACAAAUCAACACUAAAAAUUGGCCUCGUCAACCUUGAUGAUGUCUCGUUUUUAGACUACGUUGGAUUGCACGGGGCUGAAAAUAUAGAGACGUUCGACGUGAAAUUUCCUAAUGUUUCGGAUAAAAUUAAGUGGAAAGAUUUAUUCCCAGAAUGGAUUGAUGAAAACGAGGUAUCAGCCAAGCCUAUGUGCCCAGAAAUCCCAAUGCCAGUGUUAGAGGAUUACGAGGAACUGAAUGUGGUGGUUGCAAAGGUUCCAUGUAAACAUGUAGGGGUUGGUUCUAGGGAUGUUUUUAGGUUACAAGUUAACUUAGUGGUGGCUAACAUGUUGGUGAGAGGUGGUUGUUGGAACAAAAAACGUCCGGUUUACGCAGUGUUUAUAGGCGAUUGUGGACCGAUGUGGGAGAUUUUCCGAUGUGAAGACAUGUUGUUGCAUGAGGAGAAUUUAUGGGUUUAUAAGCCUGACCUGAAAAAGUUGAAGGAGAAAAUUCUUAUGCCUGUUGGUAGUUGUCAGCUUGCUCGUCCAUAUGCAGAACAAGGGCAAGAGGUACAAAGGAGUUAUUCGACAUUAAUACAGGACAAAACAAUGUUCCAUAAGCGAAGAGAAGCUUAUGUAACAGUACUCCAUUCCUCAGAAGCCUAUGUUUGUGGAGCAAUUGCAUUGGCACAAAGCAUUAUUCAAACCAACUCUACAAGAGACCUUGUCCUCCUAGCAGAUGACUCAAUUUCUCUAAAAUCCCUUCAUGGUCUCAGAGCAGCAGGCUGGAAAAUCAAGAAAAUCAAAAGAAUAAGAAGCCCACAUGCCCAAAAAAAAGCGUACAACGAAUGGAAUUACAGCAAGCUCCGGAUAUGGCAACUCAUAGAAUACGAUAAAGUCAUAUUCAUCGAUUCAGACUUCGUGGUUUUCAGGAACAUCGACCAAUUCUUUUCGUAUCCAGAACUAUCAGCUGCUGGAAAUGAUGGGUACAUUUUCAAUUCAGGCGUUAUGAUCAUAGAACCAUCAAAAUGCAAGUUCCAAAAUUUAAUGAACAAAAGGUUUGAGGUAGGUUCAUAUAACGGAGGCGAUCAAGGCUUUUUAAAUGAAAUGUUCGUGUGGUGGCAUAGGUGGCCUACUAAAUUAAAUACUCUCAACAUUUUUGGAAAUUCGAGUUAUCGUGACCUACCUGAUGAUUCAUAUUCUGUACAUUAUUUGGGAUUGAAGCCAUGGGCGUGUUACGAAGAUUAUGAUUGUAAUUGGGACAAGAUGGAAUCUCAAAUUUUUGCUAGUGAUUCAGCUCAUAAGAGGUGGUGGAAAGUGUACAAGAAAAUGCCUUUGGAACUUAGGCAAUAUUGUGCAUUGACACCAGAAAUGGAUGCAAGGAUAAUAAAGUGGAGGAGAAGAGCUAAGAAAGCUAAUUUUUCAGAUGGGCAUUGGAGAAUUCAAGUGAAAGAUCCAAGAAGACUUUCCUAUUGAUGUUUAUUUGAUUAAACUAACAAGAUGUCCAAAUCAUGUAUACUAACAAUUUUCCUUCUUUUUUUUUUUGAUUUAUUUUUUAUUUUUCCUGGCUGAGAUGUAGUAGACAUAUGGCUUGCUACAUUUUGAGCUAAUCUAGCAAUAACACUUCCAGAGAAUGUACCAAUGUAUAUUGUGAUUUUUCCUUCUUAAAAAAAAUAUUUCUGUGUAGAAGUACACUGGGUAUUGACUUUCAAAGUUUAUGGCACUUGAAAUAGAAAUUAUGUUGAAAUUGAUCUUACUUGCGCAAAUCCAUUAAAUCAUUGCUCUUUUAAGAAAGCGAAUAUAGUACAAUCCAAAUUAGCCAUAUACACACAACAUCUAUGAUCGCCCCUUUGCUUUUGUCAA